AUGCAUCUCAUCACACUCGCAACUUCGCUAAAUCAGUGGGCUUUAGACUUUCAAGGGAAUUACGAAAGGAUCUUGGAAAGUAUCAAAAUUGCUAAAUCUCGCGGCGCUUCUCUUCGUGUUGGUCCUGAAUUAGAGAUAACUGGGUAUGGUUGUCUAGAUCACCACCUAGAGGGUGACACAAUCCUACAUUCUUGGGAAAUCUUAGCCAAGUUGCUCAAAGAUAAGGAGACACAUGGCAUUAUUUCGGAUAUUGGUAUGCCAGUUAGACACAAAAAUGUGAAUUACAACUGCAGGGUUAUCGUAAAUGACGGUAAAAUUGUCUUGAUCCGUCCAAAGAUGUGGAUGGCUAACGAUGGAAACUAUCGUGAGAUGAGGCACUUCACGCCAUGGUUAAAGCAUCGCCAAACGGAGGAUUUCUUUUUACCUCGCAUCAUUCAGUCAACAACUGGACAGACUACCGUGCCUAUUGGUGAUGUCGUCAUGUCGACGCUCGAUACAUGUGUUGGUGUCGAGCUUUGCGAGGAGCUCUUCACUCCUGGUGCACCACACGUUAACAUGGGCUUAGAUGGUGUCGAAAUAUUCACCAACUCCUCCGGCAGUCAUCACGAACUUCGCAAACUGAACCGCCGUUUCGAGCCAAUAAAGGAGGCUACUCUGAAGCUCGGUGGUAUCUAUCUCUACGCUAACCAACGCGGUUGCGAUGGUGACAGGUUAUAUUAUGACGGUUGUGCCAUGAUCUUAAUGAAUGGCGAGGUUAUCGCACAAGGUCCUCAAUUCGCGCUCACAGACGUCGACGUUGUCACUGCUACUGUCGACAUUGAAGACGUCCGCUCAAGUCGCACAUCAAUCAGCCGUAAUCUUCAAGCAGCACAGAGCCAGCCUAUGCCACGUGUACAUGUACCAAAAGCUCUAUCGUAUGGCAUUGGAGAGAACUUCCUCGCUGCUGAUCCAUCACGUCCUACUGAACUCAGAAUACACCAACCUGAAGAGGAGAUUGCUCUGGGCCCUGCUUGCUGGUUAUGGGACUACCUCCGUAGAUCCCGUACUCAGGGCUACUUUUUGGCGCUUAGCGGUGGUAUAGAUUCCUGUGCGACCGCGACUAUCGUGAGCUCAAUGUGUAGACUCGUAGUUAAAGCGUGUCAGAACAAAGAACAGCAAGUGCUUGACGACGUUAGAAGAAUCACAGGCGAGCCUGAAGGAUCGACCUACGUUCCAGAUGAUCAUCGCGAAUUGUGCAACAGAAUAUUUUACACUUCCUACAUGGGUACUGAGAACUCGAGCGCUGAGACACGCCAGCGUGCUAAAGAUCUCGCGGAAGAUAUUGGAAGUUACCAUGUCGACAUAAACAUCGACACGAUCAUCGCUGCUAUCACUGACUUGUUCGGUGUCGCUACAGGUUUGAAGCCAAAAUUCAAGGUGCACGGCGGGAGCUAUGCUGAGAACAUUGCCUUGCAGAAUAUACAAGCGCGCUUGCGUAUGUUGCUUUCAUAUCUUUUCGCUCAAUUGCUUCCAUGGGUGCGUGGUAGAGUGGGUGGUUUACUGGUCUUGGCUAGCAGUAACGUGGACGAAUGCCUUCGCGGAUACUUGACCAAAUAUGAUUGUUCAAGCGCAGAUCUCAAUCCAAUCGGUAGUAUCAGUAAGACUGACUUGAAGAGAUUUAUUGGAUGGGCUCAAACAGAGUUUGAUCUGCCAAUUCUCGAACAUUUCUUGAAUGCCACACCUACAGCCGAACUCGAGCCAAUCACUCAAAACUAUGUGCAAUCUGAUGAGGCUGAUAUGGGAAUGACAUAUGAUCAACUCUCAGUAUUUGGAAGACUUCGCAAGGUGGACAAGUGUGGUCCUUACAGUAUGUUUACAAAACUACUCGCAGAAUGGAAAGACACUAUGUCACCAACUGAAAUUGCUGAAAAGGUCAAGAAGUUCUGGUUUGAAUACUCACGUAACAGACACAAGAUGACAACAAUGACACCAUCUUACCAUGCUGAGAGCUACUCACCGGAUGACAAUCGAUUCGAUCUCCGUCCAUUCCUCUAUAACGCGAGAUUCCCAUAUCAAUUCGACAAAAUCGAUGCAACGGUAAAGCGUGUUGAAGAGAUAAACGAGCAACAACCAAAGGAGAAAUAA